AUAAUGUCGAGGGUUUAUGUUGGUCGUCUCCCAGCGAGGUGCUCCGAACGGGACAUCGAGCGUUUCUUCAAGGGUUAUGGUCGUCUUCGAGAUAUAGUUCUUAAGACGGGUUAUGGGUUUGUUGAGUUUGAGGAUUCAAGAGAUGCCGAAGAUGCCGUCUAUGACCUCCAUGGCAAGGACCUCCGGGGCGAGCGCAUUGUAGUCGAGCAUGCUAGGUUGCCACCAGGAUCAAGAGGAAGUAGUAGACGCCGAGAAUCCGAGUUUUACAGCACUAGACGCUAUGGGCCUCCAACUCGCACGGAAUAUCGAGUUAUAGUGGAGAACCUGUCGUCUCGCGUUAGUUGGCAGGACUUGAAGGAUAUGAUGAGAAAGGCUGGUGAGGUUACGUAUGCUGAUGCGCACAAGCAAGUGAGAAACGAAGGAAUAGUUGAGUUUGCUACUUAUAAUGACAUGAAAGCUGCCAUUGACAAAUACGACGGCUAUGUGCUCUAUGAGCGGCGUCUGAAGGUGUAUGAGGAUAAACCUCGUCAUCGCUCAAGAUCGGGCUCUCGUCGAAGUGGCAGCAGACGUGACGCCAGGCGUUCUCGAAGCAGGGGCUCACGCCGCCGCGACAGAUCCCGAUCUGACAGCCGUCGUCGUUCUUCGUCCAGGAGGUCACGCUCGAAUCGCGAUCGUUCACGCGAUUCAGAUGCAUCGCGAAAGUCUCGGUCGAGGUCCGGGCGAUCAGCAUCUCGCCGCAGUGAUCGACGGUCAGGCGGUCGCCGUAGUCGUUCACCAAGCCGCAACGGUGAUGGCUCAGCAGCGGGUAAUGGAAGGUCGCGGUCGGCGUCAAACGGACGUUCUCGCUCGGUUUCUCUCCAUGAUUCUCGAUCUGGUUCAAGGCAUCGUUCGCGAAGUGUUUCUCCUGCGGACCGUUCUCGUGGAGGUACAAAAUCAAGAUCCAGGUCCCGGUCUCCAGAGGAGAUGGACUCGAGACGUGCCAGCGUUCCUGACCAUCAAAGUGAGGAUGAUCGGGCCGAGGCAGUCGACGAGAAUUAA